AUGCUCGCCCUCCGUAGAGUCCGUCCGACCGUCACGCGUAGUUUAGUACGCGCCAACUCUACUGCUGCACCUACUGCGUCGACUGCCAGCGCAUCGGACGCGUCUGCUGCACCCGCCAGCACACCGGCUACAGACGCACCGGCUGCUACUGAGACCCGCGGUCGCAAGAAACGCAGGAGCACACGUCCGCAGAGGCCUGUCUUGUCAGCGGACAGCCCGAAGGAAUGGAGUAGGCCGGUUGCCAAGGGUCUAUUGCCUGCAUACGACCUCGCGCUCCAGGUCAUCCGCGAGGACGCGCGCGCCAUUCAGGCGGAGGAAGCCGAGUUGCGGAACAAACUUGCCAAGGGGGCGGUGCCGGCGGAGGUGCGGGAGAAGGAGGAGAAGCGCGCGGAUAUUCUUGCUGUCAUGGGCAAGGUUAACUUGCCAGACGUCAGGUGGAAGGCUGCAAAUGGCAUGGCCGAUAUGAGCCAGCCUGUGUACAGGCAUCUCGUCGAGAAGCGGUGGAGGAGUGAUGGUCCACUCGACCUUUUGAUGGAGCGUCUUCACCAGAUGAAUGUCAUUCCUGAUGUUCUACCGGACUUCCAUCCUUCGUUCGAUCUGCGCUUGACUGCGCCCGAUAUGAAUGCUGCGACGCAUCGCGCUGGACGCUGGAAGAGCGUCGAGCCGGGUAGUUUCGUGCCCGUCAUCUCGACACGCAAACAGCCCCGUCUAUACACGACGCUCUUCGACACCGAGCCUCAACAGUACACGCUCAUGAUGGUCGACCCGGACGUCCCUGACGAGCACAACGCGUCCUUUACCACCUUCUUGCAUUGGUUGCAGCCGAACUUGACUCUCCCGGCUGCGCAGCCAUUGAACCUCCCAACGGCACAUACGGUCUACGUCCCACCUCACCCAGCCAAGGGCACUCCCUACCACCGCUACGUGGUGCUCCUCCUCCCGCAGACCCGCGAGAUCAAGGUUCCCGGCGACGCCUUCCGCUCAUACGAAGCGCGCAUGGACUUCGACGUUCGCUCAUUCGUCGAAGAGCAUGGAUUGAGGACCGACGGAGGCGGCGCACACAUGUUCCGUGCGACUUGGGACGAGGACAGCAGCAACAUCUGGAAGCAGGUCGUCAAGAGGGAGAUGCCGCGCUACGGGUACAUCCCCCGUCCGGACCCAUAUGUUGAGACGCGCAAGGAGAAAAAGUACGCGGCCAUGGUUGGACGUCAUGCGAGCGGUGCGAGGGUCGGUGCGGGGAAGAAGAUUGCGCAGACGGUGUAG